AUGCCCAAAGCCCGCAAACACAAAAUCCCAGUCACGUCCACCAUUCCCAGUACAUCCUCCUCCGCCGCCAUUAUCACCACCACUACCUCGAGGACAUCCACAGCCACAACCAUAACCGCAACUACGAGCGCAACCUCCUUAUUCCUCAACCACGACAUCGACUCGAAUACCGGAAGUGCGAACCCCCAAGCGAGCCGUACCAUCAUCCGGCGCUUUCAUGUCCUGCUUAAACGGAAGGCACAACUACAGGCUCUACAACAACGAAAUCAAAAACAACGCCACCGUGACGGUGGGGGUACGGAGACGGCGAGGGAGAUGAGGGAGGUAGAGAGGGAGAUGGAGAGUAUGGGCGGAUUGGGCGUGUAUCAGAGGAUGUCGAGUAUUGGGCAGGGGAAGGAUAGAGGGGGUGGGAGCGAGAGGGUGUUGAUUGGGUGGUUGAAGGGGAUGGGGUGGAAGGGUGUUGGGGGCGUGAAGCAUAGGCUGCUAGAAGUCGGGGCGCUCAAACCGGAUAAUUAUGCGGCUUGCAGCUCUUGGCUGGACGUGACGCCCAUCGACCUGCGCUCGCGACAUCCGCUCAUUCGAGAGCAGGAUUUCCUGGAGAUGGACGCUGAAGAGAACGAGGUAAAGUGGGAUAUCGUCAGUUUGAGUCUGGUGGUGAAUUUCGUGCCGGAGAGGAAAGACCGGGGGAAGAUGCUCACGCUAGCACAUACGAUGCUUCGCCCUAAAGGGCUUCUCUUUCUCGCUCUGCCCCUCCCCUGCGUCCUCAACUCGCGCUACACGACCCACGAAUCUCUCAAUACUCUCAUGCAGCACAUCGGCUUCCGACAGGUCCAUGAGCGAUGGAAACCGGGCGGGAAGAUGGCGUACUGGCUCUAUGAAAAAGUAGAAAUAGAAGUCGAGCCAGCGGGAAGUCGGAAUCGGGAUGAGGAUGGACGCGGGAGGCCAAGAUCACAACUUCAAUUACCGAAAGGAGAUCGAGACCUGGAGGUGGGGAAGUUCGCGAAGGCCGAGGUGUUGAGGACGGGGAGCGAUAGGAAUAAUUUUGCGAUUUUGUUGUGA